AUGUCACAUACCAAGAACGAGCCUGUCGGGAAGGAUACGGAAAUAGGGGAGACUUUUUUUUUUUUUUUUUGCAAUGGAACAUCUGAGUUUUGUGUACCUGAUGUGAAAGCUGCUGAUUUAGAAUACUGCAGUAAUAAGACUAGAUAUUGCUUUAAAGGAGUAUGCAGAGAUAGGGAUAGACAGUGUGCACAGUUAUUUGGAAAAUUUUCUAAGUCUGCUAGUGUUCUGUGUACAGAAAAAGUGAAUUUUCUAAAUGACAAAUUUGGAAACUGUGGUUCCCAUUGUCAUUUUUAUGAUAUUCUUUGUGGAAAUUGUCACCGGACACAUUCAGAACCAGUACCAAUGACAGACUUUGAUAUACAAUAUACUUACCUUGAGGGUCAUGUAUGUUUGUCUGCACGUGCAAGAAAUGGUUCAAAACAAUGGGGGACCUAUGCCGAAGCUAUAACUGCGUGUGAUCCACACAGGUUAUGUAGAUUCCGAGGAUGCGAAAAUCUUAGUGACAUAAAUAUAACAAGAUAUAACAUAAAUUGCGGAGAGAAUGGGGCUUGCAAUGAACUUUUCCAUUGUCAGUGUGAUCCUGGUUAUGCUCCUCCAGGUUGUGAGCCAGCAAUAUCAUCACCAGGAGGAAGUGUUAAUGAUGGAUUUUGGCUUACGGUAGAAGAAAGUGUACCCUUGUUUCCAAAACGACGUGCUGCUCCUAAAAACAAUGGUCUUUUGAUCAGUUUCUACAUUUCUUUUUUACCUUUGCUCAUUUUAAUUGCUAUUGUUAGUCUUAAAUGGAAUAAAAUGAAGAGAUUUUGGAGCAAAGUGGGAACAGUAAGCAGCAGAUCUAUCUCAGAAGACAGCAGCAGGAACAACAACCAGUCACAGCCCAAGUGA